CCCGUAGCGACUGGGGGCGGGAGCCGGAGAGCCGAGAAGCUUGUCUCGGCGCGUCUAUUGGCUGGUAUUGACGCCCGUCCGGACCCCGAGGCCAGGCAGUUGGCCAAGGGGGGCGGGGUUUGCAGAGCCCCAAUGAAUGGGGGAGCCGGAAGCAGGAAGUGAGUUUGGGAACGGAGCAGCUGCUGCAGCAGGGCCCAUGGCGGACACCCAGUACAUCCUGCCCAAUGACAUCGGCGUGUCUAGCCUGGACUGCCGUGAGGCCUUCCGCCUGCUGUCACCCACAGAGCGCCUCUAUGCCCACCACCUGUCCCGUGCUGCCUGGUAUGGAGGCCUGGCUGUGCUGCUUCAGACCUCCCCCGAGGCCCCUUACAUCUAUGCUCUGCUCAGCCGCCUCUUCCGCGCGCAGGACCCCGACCAGCUGCGCCAACAUGCCCUGGCUGAGGGCCUUACCGAGGAGGAGUAUCAGGCGUUCCUGGUCUAUGCCGCGGGUGUUUACUCCAACAUGGGCAACUACAAGUCCUUUGGUGACACCAAGUUUGUUCCCAACUUGCCCAAGGAAAAGCUGGAACAGGUGAUCCUAGGGAGUGAGGCUGCUCAGCAGCACCCCGAAGAAGUCAGGGGCCUCUGGCAGACCUGUGGGGAGCUUAUGUUCUCUCUGGAGCCAAGGCUUCGACACCUCGGACUGGGGAAGGAGGGAAUCACCACCUAUUUCUCUGGGAAUUGUACCAUGGAAGAUGCCAAAUUGGCCCAGGACUUUCUGGACUCACAGAACCUCAGUGCCUAUAACACCCGGCUCUUCAAAGAGGUCGAUGGAGAAGGGAAGCCCCACUACGAGGUGCGGCUGGCUUCUGUGCUUGGCUCAGAGCCUUCCCUGGACUCUGAGAUGACUUCCAAGCUGAAGAGCUAUGAAUUCCGGGGAAGCCCUUUCCAGGUGACCCGAGGGGACUAUGCACCCAUCCUCCAGAAGGUGGUGGAGCAGCUGGAGAAAGCCAAGGUGUAUGCAGCCAACAGCCACCAGGGGCAGAUGCUGGCCCAGUAUAUAGAGAGCUUCACCCAGGGCUCCAUCGAGGCCCACAAGAGGGGCUCCCGCUUCUGGAUCCAGGACAAAGGCCCCAUCGUGGAGAGUUACAUCGGGUUCAUCGAGAGCUACCGUGACCCCUUUGGUUCCCGAGGAGAAUUUGAAGGUUUCGUAGCUGUGGUGAACAAGGCCAUGAGUGCCAAGUUUGAGCGGCUAGUGGCGAGCGCAGAGCAGCUGCUGAAGGAGCUGCCCUGGCCCCCAGCCUUUGAGAAGGACAAGUUCCUCACCCCCGACUUCACCUCCCUGGAUGUUCUCACCUUUGCUGGCUCCGGCAUCCCUGCUGGCAUCAACAUCCCCAACUACGAUGACCUGAGGCAGACGGAAGGCUUUAAGAACGUGUCACUGGGGAAUGUGCUGGCUGUGGCCUACGCCACGCAGCGGGAGAAGCUCACCUUUCUGGAGGAGGAUGACAAGGAUCUGUACAUCCUCUGGAAGGGGCCCUCCUUCGAUGUGCAGGUGGGCCUGCACGAGCUGCUGGGCCAUGGCAGCGGCAAGCUCUUCGUACAGGAUGAAAAAGGAGCAUUCAACUUUGACCAGGAGACAGUGAUCAACCCAGAGACGGGCGAGCAGAUUCAGAGCUGGUAUCGGAGCGGGGAGACCUGGGACAGCAAGUUCAGCACCAUCGCCUCCAGCUACGAAGAGUGCCGGGCUGAGAGCGUGGGCCUCUACCUCUGUCUCCACCCGGAAGUGCUGGAGAUCUUUGGCUUUGAGGGGGCUGAUGCGGAGGACGUGAUCUACGUGAACUGGCUCAACAUGGUUCGGGCCGGGCUGCUCGCUCUGGAGUUCUACACACCUGAGGCCUCCAACUGGCGACAGGCCCAUAUGCAGGCCCGGUUUGUGAUCCUGAGAGUCUUGCUGGAGGCUGGCGAGGGACUCGUUACCAUCACUCCCACCACAGGCUCUGAUGGGCGCCCAGAUGCCCGGGUCCGCCUCGACCGCAGCAAGAUCCGGUCUGUGGGCAAGCCUGCUCUAGAGCGCUUCCUGCGGAGACUUCAGGUGCUGAAGUCCACAGGGGAUGUGGCCGGAGGGCGGGCCCUGUACGAGGGGUAUGCGGCAGUCACUGAUGCGCCCCCGGAGUGCUUCCUCACCCUCAGGGACACGGUGCUGCUGCGUAAGGAAUCUCGGAAGCUCAUCGUUCAGCCCAACACUCGCCUUGAAGACUCAGACGUGCAGCUUCUGGAAUACGAGGCCUCGGCUGCUGGCCUCAUCCGAUCCUUCUCCGAGCGUUUCCCAGAGGAUGGACCCGAGUUGGAGGAGAUCCUCACACAACUGGCCACAGCUGAUGCCCGAUUCUGGAAGGGCCCCAGUGAGGCCCCAUCUGGCCAGGCUUGAGGAGGAUGUGUGGCCUCUCCCCUAACUCCAAGAAACCAAGGCUGCAAGUGGCCCUCCAUUCGUGUGUGUUUUUAGGGGCUAGGGGAGGGGGAGGGGCAGGAUCUUGGACCUUGGUACUACCUCAGCUGAGGGUGGUGACACUAACCCCUUCCAUUUGUCAGCACUUUCCAGCUUGCCAAGUGCUUCCCCUCUGUGAUCUCAUUUCAUCUGCACUGCCAUACCUGGAGUGAGCAAGACAGGGCUCACCAUCCUGUCUACCAGAUGAGGAAAUGGCAGUUCUGAGAAGUCACUGGUCUAGAUUCCACAGGUGGCACGUGACAGCUAGGGUUCAAAAUGUUCUCACCUAAUCCAGUGCUCCUCACAUAUUAAUUUUAUAACCAGACAAAUAAAUAUUAGAGACAACCACCAU